GCUGCGCGGUUAUGUGGCCGGGCGGUCGCCGGCGGUUUCCGAUUCUCGUGCCCGGGUACUUCAACCUCUGGUGCCUCCGCUUUGCCAGGACUUGGAGUGGCCGUAGGACCCCUAUGGCGGAAACGCUCUCGACUGGGGCCGAGGAAGCGAGCGGGUUGAGGACUCCGGCUCAGCAAAACGGAGACGCGGGUGGCGAUGUGAGGGAUGAGUGGCCCCCGGGGCUCCCAGAGCCAGCGGGCCCAGAGGUGGAGCUGGCCCCUGGGGACGGAAAGCAGGCCACAGGGAACGAGGAGCAGGCCCCGGCUGCAGCGGUGGGCCCAGGCAAGCGGAAGAAGCGGCGGGGCACACCCGGAGAACGCGUGGUGCCGCCCCCGAAAAAGCGGCGGGCAGGGGACAAUGACUUCUUGCGGAACACAGUGCACAGGCAUGAGCCACCAGUCACAGCAGAGCCUGUCCGCCUGCUGGCUGAGAAUGAAGAUAUGGUGGUUGUAGACAAACCUUCUUCCAUUCCUGUCCACCCCUGUGGCCGCUUCCGACACAAUACAGUCAUCUUCAUCCUGGGCAAGGAGCACCAGCUCAAGGAGCUUCACCCAUUGCAUAGGCUUGACCGCCUUACCUCGGGGGUCCUUAUGUUUGCUAAGACAGCAGCCGUCUCAGAGAGAAUCCAUGAGCAGGUUCGGGACCGGCAGCUGGAGAAGGAGUACGUGUGCCGGGUAGAGGGGGAGUUCCCUGCCGAGGACGUGACCUGCAAGGAACCCAUCUUGGUAGUGUCUUACAAGGUAGGGGUGUGUCGUGUAGACGCUCGGGGCAAGCCCUGUGAGACAGUGUUCCAAAGACUGAGCUACAACGGCCACUCCAGUGUGGUGCGGUGCCGGCCACUCACAGGCCGCACGCACCAGAUCCGAGUCCACCUCCAGUUCCUGGGCCACCCCAUCCUCAAUGACCCCAUCUACAAUUCAAUGGCCUGGGGACCCUCGCGGGGACGGGGCGGCCACAUUCCCAAGACAGAUGAGGAACUGCUGCGGGACCUUGUGGCAGAGCACCAAGCCAAACAGAGCCUAGAUGUGUUAGAUCUCUGUGAAGGCAACCUGUCCUCAGGACUCAUGAACUCUACAGCUCCCUCCUCAGAGCUAGGCAAGGACUGCCUAGAAGACUUGGCUGCAUCUGCCCCAAAGACGGAUGGAGUAGCUGAAGCAGCCCCCCAGGAUCUGAACACAAUGACACUGGCACCAAAGAAUGCAGCUGAAACAGAUGUUGAGAAUCAAGAGAUAGACCCUCUCUGUCCAGAGUGCCGGCUGGUGCGACAGGACCCCUUGCCUCAGGACCUGGUGAUGUUUCUGCAUGCCCUGCGCUAUAAAGGGCCAGACUUUGAGUACUUUUCACCCAUGCCUACCUGGGCACAGGAUGACUGGCAAGAGGACUAAAAGCUGUCUUGUGGAGGGAUUUCUUCUUGGGUUGGAAGAGGCCAUUGGGGUAGGACUGACCUCAUAGGCUGGUGGUACUCAGGGUUUCUAUAAGGAGUGAGGUUGGGAUCUUAAAGGACCUGUUCAUACUGCUACCUCCUUCCUUCUCCCUCCAGCUGGAGUUUGGGGACUUUUUGGUUUGUAAAUAUAUCCCUUUUAUACCUUGUGCAUCUGGUUUUCCUACUGCUGCUUUUAUUUUUUACUAUUGAGGUAAAUUCACAACAUGACAAUUAACCAUAUUAAGGUAUACAACUUAGUGGCAUUUAGCACAUUCAGUGUUGUGCAACCAUUACCUCUUCUCUGGUUCCAAAACAUUUUCACCCACAAAGGAAACCCAUAGCCAUUAAACAGUCACUCCCCAUUUCCGCUUCCUCCCAGCCCAUGGUAACCAUUAAUCUACUUUCUGUCUUGAUGGAUUUGCCUAUUCUACACAUUUCAUAUGGAAUCAUAUAAUGGAAUCAUACAAUAAAUUACAUUUUGUGUCUGUCUUUUGCUUAGCAUGUUUUCAAGGUUCAUCCAAUUUACAGCGUGCAUCAAUACUCAUUGCCUUUUUAUGGCUGAAAAAUAUCCCAUAGUAUGGAUAUACUACAUUUAUGUAUCCCUUCAUCAAUUGAUGGACAUUU